CAGCACCAAGGCAAGGAUAAAGAGAAAAGAAGGGAGUGACAGAGAUUUGGAAAUAGGGAGGGGGUCUCAUUCAUCCUACGAGAGCAAGAGAGGAGUUAGUGUACGGAGCAGGGAACUAUUGCCGGCUGUGGGAAAGUAAACAUCACUGACUGAUAAUUCACCGCCCUCGCACAGGCCUAAGUUCAGCAACAGCGGGUGGAGCUGGUAGAUAAAUGAAGGAUGAGGAUGUGCUCAAGGCAACUGAUUUUAUAGGAAGUUGAUGGGAGGUUGUUGAGAUUAAAGUCUCUCUUGGGAGGUGCUGAAGCUGUUCUGUGAAGUACUACUAAGGAAAAAAGAUCUUAUGUCCACAGCUUCAUCUCAUCAACAACUGGAGAAGAAUGUGGAGGAAGAACAGGGGGAGAGAUUUAAAUUUGAAGAUAAUGUGAAGUUUGGUGAAGAAACGGGCAAUGCUGUAUGCAGAGAUAAGACUGGAGUCGAAUGCAUUGAGUCUCAGACACAUUCAGUCAAACUGGACACGACUCUGAAAAACACAGAAAAUGCGUCUCAAGACAAUAUUACUGGCUCACCUGCUGGUCAGGAGAAUGCCAGUAGCUACAAUAAGCCAAGCAACAAAGAAAGGGAAUCUUCUAUAGAUCAAGCUGCCACACUUUUGGAUGCAUCGGACAUCUUAAAAGAGGUAAACCAGGCAUGCACUCUGGUGAAAACAGAGGUGGAGACAUGCACUCUUAAACCUAGUGCAGAAGUUGAGGAAACGACACACAGCCCAGUUCAACAUGAUAAAGUUGAGCCAAGCAUCAAAGAAAGGGAAUCGUCUAUAGAUCAAGCUGCCACAAACUUGGAUGCAUCAGAGAGCAUAAAAGAGGAAGACCAGGCAUGCAUUCGGGUAAAGACAGAGAGGCAGACGUGCACUUUUAAACCUAGUGCAGAAGUUGAGGAAAAUAUACCCAGCCCAGUCCAACAUGAUAAAGACAAGAUUGAGUUGGAACAUCAGACAGCUAGUCCAGAGGUGAUCUAUGAUGAUGUCCCCUGUGAAGAUAUAUCUCCAGAAGGUCAGCCAUGCGCUUUUGACUUGAUCUAUGAGGACGUUCAGCAGGAGGAAGGUCAGCACGGGCCCAAUAAUGGCUGGAGCUCCAGUGAAUUUGAAAGCUAUGAUGAGCAGUCUGACUCUGAGAGGGCCACUACCCGCAGUAAGUUCUCUCCUGAUGUGCGGCGACUGAGAGAACGUUACACCAGGACCAAAAAGGAGCUAGCCAUGAGACUGGGGGGCAGACAUCAGGUUCAUCAGCUGAUGCGGGCAGCACGUAGUGGAACGAAAGAUGGCCUGGAGAAGACCAGAAUCGCUGUGAUGAGAAGAGUCUCGUUCUUACAUCGAAAGGACCACUCUGAUGACACUGAGGAGGAUACAGGGUAUUUGGAUGUGAUGGUUUCAGAGGCAAAACACCCACCUGCACAGCUGGGACCAAUGCCAGAUGGACUUAGCAGCCAGCAGAUUGUUCGCCGCCAUAUUUUAGGCUCCAUUGUGCAAAGUGAAAGGAGUUACCUGGACUCUCUGAAACGGAUCUUGCAGGAAUACCAGCGACCUUUGAUGGAGGCAGAGCCUCGGAUCCUCAGCAUCAAGAAAAUCCGACCUAUAUUUUUCCGUCUGUGGGAAAUCAUGCAGUGCCACUCCAUGUUCCAGAUUGCCCUGGCAUCUCGGGUGGCCGAAUGGGACACUAGCGAAAAGAUCGGAGACCUGUUCGUAGCUUCGUUCUCCAAGUCCAUGGUGCUGGAUGUAUACAGCGAUUAUGUCAAUAACUUCACCAAUGCCAUGGCCCUCAUUAAGAAAGCUUGCAUGUCUAAACCAGCAUUUCUGGACUUCCUCAAGAAGAAGCAGGCAUCCAGCGUUGACCGCAUAACCCUCUACGGUCUGAUGGUGAAGCCCAUUCAGCGCUUUCCUCAGUUCAUCCUUCUCCUGCAGGACAUGCUAAAAAACACCCCUGCCGGCCAUGUGGACAGGCUUCCCCUGCAAUUGGCUCUGACUGAAUUGGAGACCCUCGCUGAGAAACUGAAUGAGCAGAAAAGGGUGGCUGAUCAGAUCACUGAGACGCAGCAGCUCGCUCGCUGUGUCACCGACCGCACGCUCAGCAAGCUGUUAAACUCCGAGCAGAGCUCUUUGAUCCUGUGCGAGACCCUGAUUGAGAUGGUGUACGGCGAGCGCGGACAGGUCCUCAAGUCUAAGGAGAGAAAAGUCUUUCUCUACGGUGACAUGCUCAUCUGUGCCAACAUCAAUGUCAAGGGGCCCCCUGACAUCAGCAGUUUGGUACCGGUGGGAACCAAGUACACCAUGAAAUGGAGCGCCCCCUUGCAGCAAGUCCAGGUAGUCGAGGUUGGCCAAGAGGCCUCCCAAAGCAAAGACUCUCUAUAUCAGCUUGGAGCCGUCAAGCGUUCGAGCGGUUCUUCUGCACCGGGAAGCAUCAUUUUGGGUCCACCCCGUCUAUAUCAGGAGCUGCAGGAGCUUCAACAUGACCUGUCGGUGGUGGAGCAAGUCACCCUGCUGGUGGGGACCUUACAGGGAACGUACCAGAAUCUGAACACGGCGGUAGCACAGGAUUGGUGUCUGGCCCUGCAGAGGCUUAUCCGCAUCAAAGAGGACCAGAUUCAGAGUGCCAACAAAUGCCGUUUGCGACUGCAAGUCCCUGGUCGACCAGACAAGUCUGGCCGUCCUGUGAGCUUCACUGUGGUCUUCAACACUCCAAGUCCACUCAGUAAGAUCUCCUGGGUCAACCGGUUACAUCUUGCCAAGAUAGCAUUAAGAGAGGAGAAUGCACCUGGUUGGCUGUCCGCUGAAGAUAAUGGGAAGAUAAAAGCUUCACUCUGCUGUCCACUCUUUGUAUAUCACAUGCCUGUAUUUCCUUCAAAAGCCCAGGAAUGGAAGCUUGAGGCUGCUCUUCAUAAUCCUGUCCAGUGUGCUUUACUUGGAUUCUCAGCUGCAAGCACUUCACUUCCUCAAGGCUACCUUUGGGUAGCUAGCGGAGGUGAUUCCACUCAAGGUCAAGUGGACAUCUUCUCCCUAAACAGACCCACGCCUCGGCCUGUAAAAACCGUCCUGAUGGGAGCUCGAGUGUUGUGUUUGGAAUAUGUUCCUGAGCCCAGCCCUUCAGAGGACAAUGAAACCAGACCUUACGAUCCUACUGGAGUUGGAAACACUAUCUGUGUGGGUCUUGAUGAUGGAAGCAUCCAGGUCUAUGGUAGCAUGGACACGGCUGCUCACUGUCUCCUGACCCUACGUAACCCCGAGGGCUGUCCAGUUCUGUGUCUGAAACACUCAGGAAACUUUCUGUUUGCUGGCCUGAGGGAUGGAACGCUGAUGGUGUACGAGAGACAUCACAGAGGGGAACUGUGGAACCCAGACAGCUGUAGGAAAGUAACCAUUGGUUCAGAUCCUGUCAGGACGCUGCUCGCUUUAGAAGACUCUGUCUGGGCAAGCUGUGCAAAUACAGUUACUGUAAUUCAAGAGUCCAGUCUGUCCACUCAGAGAUUUGAGGUCCACCAGGAUCCAAUGAUGAGCGUGGCCCAAAUGGUGCGAGCUGGAGGUGGUGUGUGGAUGGCCUUCUCCGAAGGUUCCUCUAUACGACUGUUUCAUACCGAGACAUUGGAGCACCUACAGGAGAUCAACAUAUCCACACCCGCCUCUUUUCACAACCCCAAUCAAAAGAGCCUACGAGUCACAAGUCUGCUGAUUUGCCAGGGGUUGUUGUGGGUGGGUACAGCCCAGGGUAUUAUCAUCACCUUGCCUGUGCCCAAACUGGAGGGUAUUCCCAAAAUUACAGGUAAAGUGAUGAUGUCUCUCAACUCUCACUGUGGACCUGUGGAUUUCUUAGUUGCUAUUUCCAGUACUCUGUCACCGAAUCUCCUAAAGCGAGAUUCUGUCGUGGAAGGGCCCGAUUCUGCUUGCGGUGCCGAGGAUCGCAGCGAUUCCUCCCAAGAGUCUCUCCAGCAGGCCUGCGUGUCUGCCCAUGUAGAUGGCAAAGCAAAGGGACGGGGCUUGUUGCUACAGUACCGCCUCCGCUCCACCUCGGGGUUGCCCGGGCGACCGUUAACCGCACGGGGUGACGAAGCCUCGGAUUCGUCUUUAGAAUCACUGGAACACAUCAUGGAAGACGGAUCGAUUUACGAACUCAGCGACGACCCAGAUAUGUGGGUCAAGGGACGGCCCUGUGAGAGAGACGGGGUGAGGAGAGAUCGGGUUACCUCUGUGGGAGUCAUCUCGGGGGGAAAGGGUUUUCGCAGACUGAGGGAAGGUUCACAAGUGGUCACAACAGAAAACACCCUUAUGAUAUGGCAGCUCCCUCUCGCUGUUUGAGCAAAAGUGAUGUUAACUUUACAUUUGUUUGGUACAAAAUGAGUCUCAGGACUUUACAUUGCAUCAUUAUUAUAAGGAAAGAAUAAAUGGGGAUACCAAGAAAGCAAAUAUUGUGUCAAGAUGUCCAUGUAGUUAACAUCUCAGACAGCAGAGUUCAACAUCAUCAAAUGCUUGACUGUUCAAACUGAAUAUUUCCUUGUGGGACGCAGUCAGGUCAAGCUGAUUUUCUUCCAUUUGGAAUUCACCACGGAGAAUUCCACGGAACAGCUGACGGGUCUUUAUAUUCCCCAGCGUCUGAAGAAAUCAUAUCAGCAGAAGGCGAAAAGCAAAGUGAAUGGGGGUUUCUACACUUCCUCAAGAUUUUCUUCUCACCCCGUGACUCUUGAUAAUGUGAACACGCAAUUCUUGUUAAAAGUCAAGUCUGGGCAGGACAGAACGGGGCGAGUGUUAAAAGCUCAUGAAACGGUUUUAAAAUGUUUGACAGGGCCUACACGAUCUUCUUUGAUGGGGAUUGUAAAGCCUUAUUAGAACUCUUUUACUGGACACCUAUUUUUUCUCGGACGUGACCAGGAAACGUUUUCACCAUAAGUUAGCCGUUUGAAACAUCCACUUAAAUCUCUAUUACUUAACAAGCAGAUUCAUUAGCAGCUUGUGUUAGAAAAAUACAAGCAUCACUGAUUACAGGAAUAUUGUGGAGGUUCAACUGGUUUUGUUAAAAAGGUACUGUAUUCAGAUCCAUUUUAACAGAUUCAGUAGUCGACCAUAAGGAUUUGUGCCAGGCAUUUUAUUAUAUAGGGUAAAAGGGAAUAGAUUGUUGCGUUUUGGUACAAACAAAUGAAUAAUUCAUUAAUACAUAAAUAUAAUUUCAAUAUGAAUUUAAUGAACAAUUAUCUACCUUUGCAGAUGUUACUGAGCCUUUACUGAGCAAACAGAAAAGAUAGUUUGAGGAAACUGGUUUAAUGAUUUAAUUUAAACUUAACAUUAAAAUCCAAUUUCUUUAACAAUAUAUAAUGUUUUAUAUUUCAUACCUCACCACUGUUGUCAUCAUUCAUUUUUCACAGCGUGUAACAUGAAUUUGGUACUGCAAGCUUUUGUCUUAAAUGGAUGGUUUAACCAAAAAUGUAAAACUUUAUCAUUAUUUACUCACCCUCAUGUCAAUUGAAUUUCUAAUGGCCUUCAUUGUUCUUUAGAACCCAAAUGCAGCUAAAAAAGUGACCACCUCAGUCCCCACCCACUCCCAUACAGUAGUUACCAAUACCCUUUAAGCUUCAAAAUUAAAUAAUAACUCCAAUUGACUUGUGUCGUAUAUUUUAAGUGUCCUGUAGACAUUUGUGGCACUGGACCACUAAACUAGUCAUAAGUCACCGGUAUAUUUGAAGAGUUUGGUUCCAAAACACAAUAAAUCCAUUUUGACUAAUUUCGGUAAAAACGUGUUUUCUAUACCAAGAAAGUGACAAGAUGAAAACCACUAUUUUCAGUUACAAACUUUCACAUAGUUUAGUUUAGUUUAGUUUAGUCUAGUUUUAUUUAUAGCAUCUUUAGGUUAUAAUAAGAUAAAAAAUUCAAAACCAUAAUUAGAUUUUCAAAGAUUUAUUACAAAAAAUAAAUGACAAGGUUUUUUUUCAAAAUGCUAUAAAUCUAUUAAAUCAAUAUAUAAAUGUGCAUUCAUCUUUGCCAUGUUAUAUUCAUUUAGUUGACUAGUGGUAUCACAAAAAAUAAACAUUAAUGUCAUUAAUAAAAACACUUACUUUGUCAUAUUAAGAACACUGUUAUUAAUGCUGUUAUCCAUGGGACGUCGUCGCUGAACUUUUUUGACAGCGAUCAGCUGUAGAAUGUUUUGAUCCUGCCAGAUUUUCAUUGACUUUGAGUAAAAUAAUGGAAAGCUUUUCAUAAGAUGCCCUGGGGUCAAUGUGUUAGCAUGACAGAAGCUUGAUGAUGUCCUGUGAGAACAAGCAACAGCCGGCAUUUUUCCGUCUCCCGAGUGCCUCUCACAUAAAUUAUUUGAUUUUGAUGGCUUACGUUUCUUUCCCGUCACAGAAAACCACCACAAGUAUUAUUUUGUUUUUGUUUGUUUGUUUAUCACGAAGUACAAAGUAGAUGAGGAAUGGCGCCGCCAUUAUUGUUUAUAAGGCGUGUAAUGGUGCGCUGUGAUUGGUUGAGCGGAUUUAUUGCAUUCUGCAGAGAUGGAGGACAGGCGUUUAUUGCAUUUCAGAAAAAAAAGGGAGAAAAGAUGACAGAAUAACAUGGCGGAUAUUGGAUUUUGGGUAAAAUUUACUUUUUAACUCUUUCACCGCCAGCGUUUUUAAAAAAAGUUGCCAGCCAGCGCCAGCGUUUUUCAUGAUUAUCACCAAAGUUUAAUGCCUUCCAGAAAAUGUUAUUCUUUAAAUAAAUAAACAUACAAUAUACCAAAUGAAAGAACAGACCCUCUGCUUUCAAACAAAAAACCGUUUCAUCCUACCUUCAGUGGUUCUUUUGUAAUCAGCUUUUGAAUAUGGGUAGGUUUUUGCAAAAACACCAUAUUUUGAGCAAAAAGCAAAAAUAAUUCCAUUUUUGUGACGGACUUUUCAUAGAGAUCCCAUUCAGAGCGAUCUUUAAAACAGACACGGACAUGCAGCAGCUUGCCAUAGGGCAAUACUUCCGGUUUUAAAAAGUUGCGGAAUGGCGCCACCUGGUGGAUAAUAGCGGUAUUCCGGAAAGACGGAAAAUCUCGUCAUUGGCGGGGAAGCGUUUUCUCUUAAUUGACGAGAUAUCUCGUCAAUGGCGGGGAAAGAGUUAAAACUGAUCAAAUUCAAUACUGAUUUUGGCGGUAAAUAAUUUUUUUUAAUGCCGCUUAUCGUGUUUUGGAACCAAACUCUCAAUAGCAAUAGCCAACAAUACAUUGUAUUGGUCAAUAUUAUAAUUUUUUGUGCCCAAAAUCAUUGGAUAUUUAGUAAAAAUCAUGUUUCAUGGAAAUAUUUUCUAAAUUGUUUACCGAAAAUAUAAAUUAAAAAGUAACAUUAGCAAUAUGUGUAAGAUUGUCUAAGAUUUUUUGCACCCUCAGAUUCCAGUUUUUUUUUAAAUAGUUGUAUCUUGGCCAAAUAUUGUCAUAUUUUAACAAACCACAUUAUAAUAUCAAGCUUAUUAUCUGAAAAACAAGUUGGGGGUUCAAAUGACAUAACAUGGAGUAAAUGGUGACAAAAUAUUUAUUCUAGGGUGAACCGUCCCUUUAAAUUGUUUUUUAUUUGCAUAAUAACAAAUGAAACAUUUACAAAGUCCAUACUAUCCCACUGAUUAUAAUAACUGUAGAGUUUACAACAGUCAUGCAUUGUUUGGAUGUAAAAAAUUAAAGUGAAUUCAGUUUAACAUGAAUAAUACAAACUACAUUACUGUACAUGUAUGUGUUCAUAACGUAACUACUUGAAGUUUCCAUUUGUGCCCCAAAUGCACUGAAACGUUAAAACAUUUUAUGCUAAUAAAAUCGUCUCACAUUAUUGUCAAUGCACUGUUAAUAAAUAAGAAUAAGCUUUAAAUA